AUGAGCGACGCGUUUGCUGACCUGUGGUCGUCCGCCGCACCCCCACCGCAAAAGAAACAGCCUCUACAAGCCUAUCAGGCCGCUUCAAACCCUUCAUCUCGACCAAUUACCCCAGGUUCAUCAAGUGCUCUCUUCAAUUCUCAACCACGACAUACACCUAAUUACACACAACCUCCCCCUCAGCAUGCACCCCCAAAGCCAUCCCUGACUCCGAAGCCGACCUCAGGCGAUCCAUUUGGAGCGCUGCUGUCUGGAAAUCUUGCGUCCGCUGGAGGAAAUGGGAGGCUAACCAUGGCUGAAAUGGCUGCGAAGGCGCAGCAAGAGAGGUUGGACAGGCAUCUCAACUCUCACAAUCAAGCUGGAGCUCAGAACGGCGGUGGGUCUGCUGCAGUCUGGGCGGGCUUGGACGUGCUAGCCACCCCGAGUCAAACACCGUCGCCCCCCGUGAAGGCCAGUAACAGCAAUUCCCUCCUUGACGAUGCCGAUGAUUGGGGAUUCGGUACCACGACGUCGACGGGGUCAUCCAAGGUGGAGCAGGUGCUCGCUAAACCUGCAGUGAGUACGUCCAAUGUCCUUGAUGACACGUUCUCUUUCGAUGCCUUCGGGACUACACCCAAAGCACCAUCGAAGGUCCCGGCGGCAGCGACGGCUUCGAAAAGCAGUAUGAACGUCUGGGACGCCUUAGACUCUUUCGGAGACAGUGCUGCGACGGCACCACUAACACAGCCGACUCACGAUGAUGCUGAUGAUCUCGGCUUUGGUCCCGUUCCUACCAAACCGCCACAACCAGCCAUCACAACCUCGUCGACUCCCCAACGCUCAGAUUCGCCUAGCGCGGACUUUGACUUUGGAAGCCGCGAAUACGAUGAUGCCUCUCCCGUUCCACCCGUCCGACGAAGCCGGCCUUCUCGGGGAGCCCCCUCGCCUCCCCCACACAUCCUAGGCCAGAUGGUCGAAAUGGGAUUCGCGCCUGAUAAGGCCAAAGUGGCUCUCAUAAAUACGUACAAGGAACCUGAAUCGCGGGCGCGCAAAGAUGCUGGGUGGGAUGUUGAGGAAGCUGUGAGCUCGUUGAUCAAUGGCGGGGGUGGGAGUACCAGCCGCACGCCAGAACCCCGGAGAGCUAGCCCAGAUGACUACCCGUCGAGUUCUACACGGGGAAGGCCGAAGCCUCCGAUCCGUGGCGAUUCUUUGUCUAGGGUACCCGCUGCUGAACCUCAAAGUCAAUCUAGUAAUGAUAUCCUUGCUCAAGCCUCAGGCCUCGGUAUCUCAAUGUUCAACCGCGCCAAUGCAUUCUGGAAUACUAAAGGCAAGGAGAUGAAGGACAAGGUCGUCGAGCGUGUUGUCAAAGUCUACGAAGAAACAGCUGGUGCCACGCGCACUGAGCCCGGCUCUAGUCGAAGUAGUAGCACGACGAGACCUAAAUGGAUGCAAGAUGGCCCCGAAAGAUUGGAACACCAGGAUAUACCACCUACUUCGUUUAAAGAUGAUGACGGGGACGAGGAUGUUCCAAGGAAGCCAGAACAGCCACGACGCAAGGAGCCACUCAACAACGCACCGCCCGAGCAGCCUGCACGCCCUGCACCCAGGGAGGUUGACCUGUUCUCUGAUGUUCCCGCGAAUGUGUACGUCUCCCCCUUCCGCAGAGGCAAGCCAAAGGCGGCCACUCCAGCGCCAGCAGCAGCAGCUACUCCCUCCCUCCCCCUACGAAAUCUCACGCCGCCUCCCCCAGCUCCCCGUUCAUCAUUAGUAUCGUGCUCGCCAAACACAAUAUCCCAGUCUGCGAAGUUCAAAGUCCAAGGAACGGAGUAUUUCAAGCUAGGACAGUAUGCGGAGGCGCACGCUAUGUACACCCGAGCGAUCGAGGCGUUGCCUUCCGGACAUCUGUGUCGUGUGCCGCUAUAUAACAAUCGGUCAUUAGCCAGUAGUCGCAACGGCGAUGUCAAAGGCGCAGUAAAUGACGCUGGUCGAGCGCUUCGCGUAAUCUGUGGGAUCUCUGAAGGCGAAUCAAACGCCUUAGGCGGGUUAGAUGGUUUACAAGAAGAUGACACUGUCGUAGAUCGAGCCAAGCUAGUCUUCGAUCCUCGCAAAGAGGCUAAAGUAACCAAACUCGAAGAAGGGUCCGAAGUUGACCUAGGUGCUGCGUACGUCAAAGCUACGAAACGACGCGCGGAGUCUUACGAAGGGAUGGAGAAAUGGGGCGAAGCGAAGAAAGACUGGGAGUUGUUGCUGAAUACGGGCGAUUGGGUUGGGGAGGCUACUAGAAGGGAAGCUGUUGCUGCCGUUGGGAGGUGUAGGAGGAUGCUUGAGGGUCCUCCAAAGACUGCUGCUAAGCCAGCUUCGCGACCACCACCUCGUCGACCUGCCCCGUCUAGGUCGACCUCGGAACCACCUUCGGCCGCUCUCAAUGCUCUCCGACAGGCGAAUCAACAAGCCGAAACUGAAGCAAACCAGAAACACGAACUCAAAGACCUUGUGGACAGUCGUCUGAUGGCUUGGAAGGGUGGGAAGGAGACAAAUAUUCGUGCGCUGAUAGCUAGUCUGGAGAAUGUGCUCUGGCCCGAGUUGGGGUGGAAGAAGGUGGGAAUGAACGAGCUGGUGAUGGAGAACCAGGUCAAGAUUCGCUAUGUUAGGGCCAUUGCGAAGGUACACCCUGAUAAGCUCACGCCAAACAACACGACACUAGAGCAACGUAUGAUCGCGAAUGGAGUUUUCGGGGCUCUGAACGAAGCGUGGAACGCUUUCAAGCCAUAG